GCCGAUCCCGACUUCCGGACGGGUCCUUGCCUUUUUCUUCGCUUUCGGGGGACUGCGCGAUUGCAGUCGAGAUUUCCGUGCGUUUGAUUGGUGGAGCGAGAGUGCUGGUCUCCGCCGAUUGGUUUCGGAGGAAUCCGCCCCGUAGACGUCCGUGGGGCGCACAGUCUCAGUUGUCAGCUAGUUUCCUGCCGGCGGGCGGCCUUCCGUUGCAAUCAUGGUGGACGUGAUGGAGUCGCCCAAGGUGCGCAUCAACGCCAGCAUGCUAGCUCAGUUCAUAGACCAGCCCGUUUGCUUCGUAGGGAGGCUGGAGAAGAUUCAUCCCACUGGGAAAAUGUUUAUUCUUUCAGAUGGAGAAGGAAAAAAUGGAACUAUUGAGUUGAUGGAGCCUCUUGAUGAGGAAAUCUCUGGAAUCGUGGAAGUAGUUGGAAGAGUAACGGCCAAGGCAACCAUUAUGUGUGCAUCUUAUGUCCAGUUUAAAGAAGAUAACCAUCCUUUUGAUCUUGGACUUUACAAUGAAGCUGUGAAAAUUACCCAUGAGUUCCCUCAGUUUUUUCCUUUGGGGGUUGUGCAGUAUGGUUGAACUUGAUGAAUUUUUUAUGAUUGCCAGUGAGCUACAUUGAAGAUUAUUAAAGGAGGCCCUGAUAUUUAAA